AUGUCUAAAAGUACGCUGAAGGCUUUGCUAAAACGUGAACGGCAGUUAUAUGUUAUUUUUGAUGGUACGGAUAGAUUCAUCCAAACCUAUCAGAUUGAUAGUGAUCGGUGUCAAUUAAGUUCGAGAUUGCAUGUGAUUGAUACUGUGUACAGUGAGUUUUUUGAAAUACGGAGCAAAAUUGAACUUUUGCUGGAUGAAGCGGAUGAGAAAGAGCAGAAAGAUGCUGACAGUGAAGUCAAAGGAGAGAUCGCCAAGCAACGUGAAGAGGAAAACGACAAGGUUCUACAGCAAUUCGAUGACCGAUACUUCGCCAUCCGAGGUGACCUCCUUAGACUCCAAGGUGAUAAGGAUGCCUUAGGUGUGAACGCAACCAGCAACAGUCAGAGUCAGUCUGCGUCAGGAAAUACUUCGAGAGUAAAGCUACCAGAGAUACGUUUGCCGUCCUUUAGUGGAAAAAUAAGAGAGUGGAUUACAUUCCGGGAUUCCUUCCGAAGCCUUAUCCAUGACAACGAGCAUCUGACGUCUAUGGAUAAGUUUACAUACCUUCGUUCUUCUCUACAGGGUGAUGCACUGAAGGAAAUCAACAACAUCGAGCUUUCAGAGGCAAACUACGACGUCGCCUGGAAAACUUUGCAAGUUCGUUAUGAAAAUAAGAAGCUGAUUGUGAAGGCUCAUCUCGACGCUCUUUUCGCCCUCGAACCGCUUAAAAAGGAGAAUUAUGACGGUCUGAACUUCCUCAUCAGCGAGUUUGAGAAAAACUUGAUGAUGUUACAGAAAAUCGGAGAGCCAACGGAGUCUUGGAGCACAAUAUUAGUCUACAUGUUGUGUUCUAGACUAGAUUCUGCAACAUUGCGCCAAUGGGAGACGCAUUACGGGUCUAAGGAGGUCCCAACGUACGAUGAGCUGCUUCUGUUCUUGCAAGGUCACUGCUCUGUUCUCCAAUCAAUCACCUCUGCAAGAAAUCCACCAUCCGAAGCCCGUCAGACGAGAUCAACAGUUUGUAAUACAACCAUCAGAUCAGUUUCACGUUGUCCGUUCUGUGCAGAUCCAUGGCACUCACCGUUCCAGUGUGGCAAAUUUCAACGGAUGAAGGUUCCCGAGCGAAUGGAUGCUGCCAUUCGCAACAAGUUGUGUCGGAAUUGUUUGAUGCCAGGCCACUUCUACCGAAAUUGUGAACGAGGUUCUUGCCAUCAUUGUCAGCAGAAGCACCACAGUAUGUUACAUUCUAGAUCCUCCGUUCCACAGCCGCAGUUUUCGGCACAAUACCGACAGCAGAGUCAAACGCGUUCGGCGCAACAAAUACCGUUUCAAUCGCAACCGCAGCCAAUGAAUCAACAGCAACAACACAACUCAAGACCAAUACAGCAUGCGCACACCACAACACAGCAUGCACAAACCCACUCACACAACACAAACACAAAUCCAGACAACGCACAAGCCACCACAAGUCAGAAUUACGUAGCACUUCCGUUUACACCGUCUCGUAAUAUUUUACUGUCCACGGCGAUGAUCCGAGUCAAGGAUCGUUUUGGAAAUACACUUCUGGCACGUGCGCUGCUAGAUUCGUGUUCUCAGCAUUGUUUAAUGACACGUGAAUUCUCUCGUCGGCUGAAGUUCCAUGAAACCCCUACGUUUUUGUCGGUGCAAGGCAUUGGCUCCUCUCAAAUGGUUUCAACGAAGUUAGUUUCCGCAGAAGUUGGUUCUAGAUCCCCCAGAAUUUCUCAGUUUAAAGAAUGGAUGCAAUUUUUUGUACUGCCAAGGUUAACAGUUGAUCUGCCUACUGCUGCUUUUGAUCCUUCGAUCCUUACGCUGCCGAGUUCGGCCUGUUUAGCAGAUCCUGGGUUUUAUGAGUCUGGUCCAAUUGAUGUUAUUAUUGGAGCCGAAUUUUAUAUGGAUUUAUUGUCGGAUGGAAGAAUGAAGCCGUUAGAGAACGGCCCCACAUUACAGAAUACAGUUUUUGGUUGGAUUGUGUCUGGUAGAUUGCCCAAUAAUCAAAAUUCAGUUUCUCAGUCAGAAGUUUAUGUCUGUUCAGUCGGUGAUAUUCAAGAUCAGCUCACACGUUUUUGGGAGCUCGAAACAUGUCAUGUUCGCAGCGUUCAGUCGAUUGAAGAGUCAGCUUGUGAAGAGAUUUUUAAGAAUACUACUGUCAGAGAUGAGUCAGGAAGGUUUGUUGUAACUUUGCCUAAAAAAGAAGGUUUUUUGAAUCGGAUUGGAGAUUCCAGAGUUAUCGCCACGAAACGGUUUUUGAGUUUGGAGAAACGAUUAUCAAUGGAUUCUGAAUUGAAAAGGUCGUAUUCUGAAUUUAUUCAUGAGUAUCAGAGUCUUGGUCAUAUGUCAGAAGUUAUCGACAGCUCAAGUCAGUUGAAUGAAGUUUGCUACUAUUUGCCGCAUCACGCAGUUCUUAAGCCCGAAAGUACCACGACAAAGUUACGGGUGGUUUUCGACGCUUCCUGUAAGUCGUCGACAGGAGUCUCGUUGAAUGAUGCGCUUAUGGUUGGCCCGGUUGUACAAGAUGAGCUGAUCGAUAUUGUUUUGCGAUUCAGAUUGUGUCAGUUUGCGAUUGUGGCAGAUAUUGCCAAAAUGUACCGUAUGAUCCAAGUUCAGAAAUCAGACCAAAAAUUGCAGAAAGUUCUUUGGCGAGACUCCACCGAUCAACCCCUUCGCACUUACGAGUUGUUAACAGUAACUUACGGAACAGCGUCAGCGCCUUACUUGGCAACAAAGUGUUUGCAAGUCCUAGCCGAUCAGGGUUCUAAAACUCAUCCCUUAGCGUCGAAGAUUUUGGGUCGUUGUUUCUACGUCGAUGAUAUGCUUGCUGGAGUUGACAGUAUUGAAGAAGGUGUACAGUUAGUCAAAGAAAUGUCAGAAUUAAUGGACUCAGCAGAAAAUUUGCGUCAGAAUGAAACACAAGGUUUCACUAACAGAGGCGUUAAGCGCCAGCACAACAAGGUGCACGUUUCACGUGAAGGCUGUGUCAGAAUGAAACAUAAGGUUUCACCUACAGAGGCGUUAAGCGCCAGCACAAUAUUGUGCACGUUCCGCAUAAGGGUUAUCCUCGGUCAGAUGCAGUGCGCCUAUCGCAAAAUAAGGUUGACAGGUACCAAUCAACCUUCUCGUCCAAGCAGAGCAGCGUUCGGCAGGCUUGGCCAGCAUUGCCACGCGCAGCUCGGGCUGAAGACCUCGCACAUCGACACCAAACCGUUGAACACACCAACAAGGCAGGAAACGAAGCGUCUGAGGAGUCCGCGGAGGCCCACUGGCCUCCGCACCAGGUCAUCCUGUUACCGAUCUUCACGUCAUCGAGUCGUAUCACACAUGGCAUUGCAUCGCAGACCAGCAUAA